UCAUCUUGAUUGACCUUUUCAACUGGAAGAGGUUCGGAUCGUAUCAGUGAACGUUAGGAAGCGGAAGAUGUUUUCAGAAUGGCUGUACUUUCGAGAUGCCAGUUUCUAGUCAGGCGCUCAUCGAGAGAUCUGCCCUUUCUAUAAGUUCAGUUGGCCACGGCUCGCUUACCAUCGAAGUCUGCCUGCCAGACCGGAUAACCCUGAGUAGCUGUGGAUUGCCAUGGAAAGUACGAUCUUGCCAUGAAGAACAGGUGGUAAAGGUAGUGACGGGCUCUCACCACGCGAGCCAAUACCGGAUGUCUGAUAUCGCGUGGCUCAACCCCACAUCCACAAUACAUACAGAAUGCCUCUUCGUGUCGGAUGCGCGAGAGUGGGAAGAUGAGCGUCACCGCCACUGAUUUGUACCGGCCGGUGUCCGGCAUCGCAGGUCCAUACGGCGCAUCAGGCCUUGGAACGCGAAAUGCGUACUACUGAGAUAGUACGAAAUCAAGACACACUAUCCAAGGCAGACAACGGAGGGUGUCCAGACCAUUGCGGCAUAGUAGAAGGGGUCGCAAGUGUGGCGAUGGUCGUAGUAUGCUGGGUUGCUCACAUCGCGAAUUCAUUUGCCCAUCGUGGUCGUCGCGUACUCAAAAUCGUCGUAUCUAAUCUCGUCUCUCACGCUCACCAUUGGGAGUGCGACCAGCUCAAGAUCUGUGAUGACGUGCGCGAGACCGAGCGCGGUAUGAGACCGCCUAAUUCUAUUGCUGCAUUGUCAAGUCGGUUUGGCUACCAGACGAACAUAAGUCCGCAACUUGGAAGCGAGCCAUCGUCGUCGCUUCGUAACCGCUAUUGUGGACUUGUUCUUGCAAGAGGCUAUCUAGUACAAACCGUCUCGAUGUCGGGAUCAUUGCCGGGCAGCAGAGACCUUCCGGCAUCGCGAUAUGACCUCAACACAUACUGGGGUCGCGUGCUACACUCUGCAGAUAUAGCAGAUCCGAGAACACUUCUGACCUCGACAACCGGUCUCGAACAUGCCAAGACCCUUCUUACACAGUACAAGCAAGGCAAGAUUCAGUCGAUGACGCCCGAGCUUUGGAAAGCGAAGAAGAUAGUGGACUCAACACUGCAUCCAGAUACCGGCGAACCAGUGUUUCUACCAUUCCGAAUGUCAUGCUUCGUACUGUCCAAUCUCGUCGUCACAGCGGGCAUGCUUACGCCCAAUCUAUCAACCACCGGGACUAUUGCGUGGCAAUGGGCAAACCAAUCGUUGAACGUCGCCAUCAACAGCGCGAAUGCUAACAAGAGCACACCAAUCACGACGACUCAGCUCAUCCAAUCGUACUUCGUGGCCGUGGGCGCAAGCUGCGGUGUGGCGGUAGGCUUAAACUCUCUGGUCCCGCGAUUAAAGCGACUGUCCCCGACGAUGCGCACAACACUUGGGAGGUUGGUGCCAUUUGCGGCAGUAGCCAGCGCUGGUGCGUUGAACGUGUUUCUCAUGCGCGGCGAAGAGAUCAGGAGAGGUAUCGAUGUGUUCCCCUCGGAGUCUGACGACCAGAGAAAGGCGCGCGAGGCAGCCAACAAGCCCCUGCAGUCGCUCGGCAAGUCGAAGCAAGCUGCAACACUCGCUGUUGGGGAGACAGCGCUUUCGCGUGUCCUAAACUCGACCCCAAUCAUGGUCCUGCCGCCGCUAAUCUUGGUCCGAUUGCAGGAGCAGCGGUGGUUGAAACAGCGCCCUAGACUGGUGCUGCCGGUCAAUCUGGGACUGAUCCUUGUCACGAGUGUGUUCGCUUUACCGCUUGCGCUUGCGGCGUUCCCGCAACGACAAGCUGUCAGCGCCAGAAGCCUGGAGAAGGAGUUCUGGGACAAGGGCGGCGAAGGCGGCAAGGUCGAGUUCAAUCGAGGCAUAUAG